CCCUACGCUCCCACACGUCUCUAACGCUCAAAGCUUCUUUCACAAUCUCAAACGACAAGUUUCAAACGACAGAGAGAAGAGAGACGAGCGAGCAAGAGAGAGAGAGAGAUGUGUCCUUCUGGUAGGCUUGCGAGUUCCACAACCGCCUCGAACCCCGAUUUCCGACCGGCGUUCGAGAUCAUCGACGCGGACCGCGACGGCAAGAUCAGCAGCGACGAUCUCCGAGCAUUUUACGCCGGGAUCCCGAGAUCUUCUUCCGACAAGGACGAAGACGAGAUGAUGAUGAUCGGGACGAUGAUAUCAGUGGCGGACGCGAACAAGGACGGGUUCGUGGAGUUCGAUGAGUUCGAGAAAGUUCUUGAAACGGCGCCGCAUGGGUGCAGAUCUGGUGACGGGUUGAUGAGGGAUGUGUUCAAGGUGAUGGAUAAGGACGGUGAUGGGAGGUUGAGCUAUGGAGAUUUGAAGAGUUACAUGGAGUCGGCUGGUUUGGCUGCUAACGACGAAGAGAUCAAGGCCAUGAUUAGAUUGGGCGGUGGCGAUUCAAACGGUGGCGUUUCGUACGACGGUUUGUUAAAGAUUUUCGGGUGUUGAAACCUCUGUUCUUUUUUUUCCACCACUCGUGUUUCAGAACUUUUGUCAGUAAUUCAGUUUUGUCUGUUUGCCGGGGUGUUUGUGUCCGUCCAUAUUUUUGUCUUUAUGAAUUAAAAAAACAAAAAAAAAAAUUGUUGUAACAAUUGGUAUAUCUGUGGUUUUGCGAUUGAGGAGCUCCUCUA